UUCGGUUGGCAUCCAUGUUUCGUACAAGACGUGAAUGGCAGUUUGUGUAUUGUUCAUUGUCCCAAAUUUUAGAAGAAAAACAACAUAGAAAAUAGUUUUUUAACAGAAAUUCUGUCGGUGGUGUGAUGGUGAAUACACGUCGUAUGGAGUCAAUUGGCUCAACGCCAGACAUCACAACACAGCAUCGUACAGGGAAAACGGUUCGAGAAGAGUUGGACUCCUCGAGUGUGAGUGACAGCGAGGACUCGCAGAGCGAAGACACCGCUUGGGAGUCAGGGACCAAACGAAAGAGCAUUCUACCAAAACAGGAGCCAUCUCGAGGGUUGGGUGUUAGAGAAUUGCGGAGUCGAUUUGUUUAUAGUCAAAGAAAAUAUUCUUCCAGUUUACGGAGCGACGAUUUAAACACACGUAAACGAAUAUCGCUUGAUGAGAGACACUCUCUUACGGUUUAUUCAUCCAGGAAUAUGCACAAUGAUUCAGAUUUAUACAAUGGAAAUGAUUCUGAUGAUGAUAUGUAUUCGAGAAAACGACGUCGACCACGUCACUUAAGGUCACAUUUGGAUAGGAUUGAACGCAGGACCGCCUUGUCUUUACGGCCUAUCAGUCAGAAAUGUUACGCAGACUCGCUUUCAGACACGGAACUGCGUCGCAGCAAAAGACAGCGCAAAGUCCAGUUCGAGAACAUGUCAUGGCUGGCUGACGACCAAAUGCACAAAAUGGGUUACCCGAAUCUGAACACGCCCGGAUACUCGGAGGAAGACAGCCGCGACGCCCAAGACGUGAUAGAAGAGCCCAGAAGGACCACCCGGCACUCGAACGACCUCAACAGCAAUAAACGUCGCGAAAUAAAAAAUCCCAAAUACCUAUACGACUACGAAACAAACGACGUACCUCCAAGGCGGCGAAGGAGCGAACAGUCGCUCCUGCGGUCCAACGAACGAACCAAAAGAGAACUGAAGAGCCGGCGCGAAUCCAACGACAAAGAGAACAACGAAGAGGCGAACGUGAACGGUCGCUCGCACGAAAGGUCGCGGAGAGGACCCGGGGUGGGGGACGAGGACAGCGAGAAGAAGAGCGACGACACGGCCGAAGAUGACUCGAACGACAGUUCGAACAAAAUACAACAGAACGGCAUCGAGGCGAUCGAGGAGGAGAACAAAGAGGUGGAGAAUAAUGAGGAAAACAAGUCUUCAGAGAGCGAUAUUUUGUCGAAGAUGCACGCCAAUAGGAAAGCGGCCGAUCAGAUCGAGGUAAACGACAGCUUUACGCGGAGGUCCAAGAAGGCGAAGUCGUUUGGUAAGCGGAGGAGCGGAGGAAGUUCGAAGUUUGAUAGCGAAAAACUUGAUUUGGAUAGUACGAGUUCCGAGUCUGAGUCGGUGAGGAAAGGGUAUUCGUUGAGGAAUCGGGCGCCGAAGCCGCCUCCAAUGAAAUCGUCGGCGAUGCGAUCAAUUGAUCUUCCCAGAAAUAGAAGGCGUCAUACUAGACGCAGGAAAGUUUCUGAUUCUAGUUCUAGCACUUCGUCGGAGACGGAUGUCCGAAAGGAAAAAUACUCUAAAAACCCCAAAAAUCAACAUUCCAAAAAUGAACAAAAGAUGAAAUCCGGUGCUGGCGGUAGUAAAAUCAUUCCCAUUGGUCCCGAGACGUUAGAUGCCAAUGUUAGGUUUAGUAGUAUAGGAGGGUUGGACGGUCAUAUUCAGUGUCUCAAAGAGAUGAUUUUAUUACCCAUGAUGUAUCCGGAAGUGUUUAGGCAGUUUAAAAUUCAGCCACCCAGAGGUGUUCUGUUUCAUGGUCCGCCAGGUACUGGUAAAACUUUAAUCGCACGAGCUUUGGCAAACGAGUGUAGUUUUGGCGGCCGGAAAGUCUCUUUUUUUAUGCGUAAAGGGGCGGAUUUACUUAGCAAAUGGAUAGGUGAAUCGGAAAAACAGCUCAGACUAUUGUUUGAACAAGCCGCAGAAUUGCAACCUUCCAUAAUUUUCUUCGAUGAAUUAGACGGAUUAGCACCGGUCAGGUCUUCCAGACAAGACCAAGUCCACGCUAGUAUCGUAUCGACCUUACUAGCACUAAUGGAUGGUCUUGACAACCGAGGCGAAGUGAUAGUAAUAGGAGCAACAAACCGAAUCGACGCCAUCGAUCCAGCCCUCAGACGACCGGGAAGAUUCGAUAGAGAAUUAUUCUUCCCUCUUCCCGUUAAACAGGAACGGGAAGCCAUCCUGAAAGUGCACGUUUCUCAGUGGUCGACUCCUCCAAGCGAGCAACUCGUGUCUUACUUAGCAGAAACGGCAGUGGGUUAUUGCGGGUCGGAUCUGCGGGCGUUGUGCUCAGAAGCUGUAAUCCAAGGGUUUAGAAGAACUUACCCGCAAGUAUAUAACGCGGAUCAUAGGUUGAUGUUAGAACCGGAAAACGUGAAGGUGGAGAAGGUCGAUUUCUUGCGGGCGAAAUCUCUACUAGUGCCUGCUUCUCACAGGGUAACUCAAGGCUUAGGGCGGAAACUGUUACUGAUGUUGGAACCUUUGUUGAGCGAUGCCGUGAAAAACGUGUUCGAGAUUUUGGCGCAGUCGUUCCCGCAUGCCCUCAAUCCCACGCUUUCCAAGGUUAAGUUGUCGCCAAAUAUGAGGCCAGCUCAGUUGCUCCUUUUAGGAGAAAGUCCCGACUGUGGUCAAACCCUGCAUUUAGCACCUGCGGUAUUGUACAAAAUGGAACAUAUUCAUUCUUAUAUGUUAGACUUAGCUACUCUGUAUAAAGAAACAGGCCGUUCGGCGGAAGAAGCUCUCAUUCAAGUAUUUAGCGAAGCCAGAAGGAACGUCCCAAGUGUGAUCUACAUUCCAAACAUUGAUAACUGGUGGUCUCUUGUUAGUGAAACCGUUAAAUCAAUUUUAGAUGCGCAGUUGUCACAGUUGGACCCCAACAUACCCAUAUUACUUUUGGCCACCGCGGACACCACCUACGAUAAUUUGCCCGAUGAAAUUCAGAACAUAUUUUCGCGCUACCGCAAAGAAGUGUACCAGUUGGAUUUACCCAACGACUGCAAUCGUGAAGCCUUUUUCAAACCCUUGCUAAUCGACACGUGUUUGAAGUCUCCACGACCCCGUCGACAAAGACCGAAGACUCCGCCCCCUCUUCCGAAGGCUUGUACGCCGCCACCGACACCCCUAACCGAGGAACAAAUGAGAAAGUUAUAUGAACAAGAGGAACACACUCUCAGGGAGCUUAGGAUAUUUUUAAGGGAUAUUUGUAAAAAGUUAGCCAAUAACAAAUUAUUUUAUAUGUUUACUAAACCCGUGGACACUGAAGAAGUGCCUGAUUAUCCAACUAUUAUCAAACAGCCGAUGGAUCUGGAGACGAUGAUGACCAAAGUCGACUUCCAUCGCUACGAAUGUGCCAAAGAUUUUCUGAAAGAUAUAGAACUUAUCGUCCAGAACGCCCUAGAAUACAAUCCCGCCAAAACAUCCGCAGACAAGCAGAUACGUCACCGAGCUUGUUCACUACGUGACUACGCCUACACGCUAAUCAAGAAUGAGAUGGACAGCGACUUCGAGGAUAAAUGUCAAGAUAUAUCGUGCAAAAGACAAGUGCGGAAAGCCAGCGUCCAGAAAUAUUUACCAGCGUAUAUUCAGACACCAGAAACUCUUAAUCUCGCUCAAGAAACCGCAGAGGCAGCGGAGAAGCCCGCGGAAGCAGUCGAAGAAACUCCCGUCGUGAACGACGAAUCGAAACCCAAAGCGGAAGACAAGAGUGAAAGUACUCCGGUCAGGGUGAACAGUUCGAGGAAACGGAAACUGCCGAGCUGGCAACGAGGUCAUUUGAAGAAGCGGAAGAGGAAUAGUAAAACGUCGGAAGGUCCGCAACCGGACGACGAAAAGAAGGAUUCUUCGGACGAUUCGAAAGAGAUCUCGACGUGUCCGUUGAUCCAAGGGGUGUCUGAACCCGAAGAGACGUCGAAUUUUGACGUUUUGACCAUUAAUUGUGAUGAACAGCCUGUCAAGGAUGAUCCGGAACUGCAAUCUCCCCGUCGUAGGUUAAGUGAUUUGAUGAGUCCGUCAGAGCUGUUAGAAAACCCGCUGGAGUUUGACGACAUCGAUGAGGCCUUAAAUGAAAACGUCGAAGAAGUUUCAACCAUGCCUCUGGUCGACUGCCCUCAAAAGGAGCUCGAAAAAAUCCUGGAACAGGCUGUAAUGAUAACGAGCGGUUGUUCGCUGCAACCGCUGCUAGAUUUGUAUAAUCAUUUAAGUAGGAUAGUUAAGAAGUUCUCCAACAGUCACCUCAGAAGCGAACUACCGAAGGAAUUAACGGCAGAGUUAACCAGGUUCAAAAAUGAGGCCAGUUUGGAAUCAGUUAGUGAGAGGAGUCCAUCUUCAAAUCAAUCAUCAUAACGUAUUAUUUAUUAUAUCAUUGAUCAUCACUGCCACUGAAGGAUUUUUUAACUGUUAAGAUUACUACUAAGUUUAAAGUUAGCAGUAUUUAACAUUCUUUGUGUUCCCUAAUAAACGAACUGGUUUUGUUUAAAGGCGUGGUUACUUAGUAGGUCGGUCCGAUAGUUUACUUUUCCCGGCAACCAAAGAAGUGGGUAUACACACUGCCAUGGGGUAAGGCUGAAGAUUUUCUCUUUUUUAUUAUUAAAAGAAUAUAGUUCAAUUUUAUUCGCAUCUGUAUAUGUAUGUGCCUUCAUAAGGUAUGGUAUAGAUCUAGAUGUGUACAAGAUUCUUACUCUCAAUUUCUUCCUGUAAGUAGGCUGCGGUUUGUUAUUUAUUGUGUAUAAAAGUACGGAGAUUAACUAAUAAAGUUUCGUUAAAUAGAUGUAUAAGCACUUAUGGGAAGCAAUUGUUUCAUACGCACCCAAAUAUUUAAAUAAAAUGUAUUUUAAAAUACCGUUUCAUGUAAUAUAAAGAAUAUCUACGUUACUUUGUCUUUAAGGUGUUUCGUGUCCUUUUUUUAUGUGUUUCAUUAUAUUGUGAAUUUUCUAUUUUAGUUAAUUUUUUUGUCAUGGACUGGUGGCAUGAAUGCAUCAGUUGAGAAGUUAAAAUGUCUGAAUUUUGUUUAUAAUAAAUUAGUAAAACGUU